UGGCUAGGAGAAACUUUCAUUUUUAAAUUGAACUUGUAGAAAAAGCCUUGGUAUGAGUUUUCCUCCCAUAGUUCUUUGCUUGUUGUUUUUCUUCAAGGAGACCAAGGGAAGUAUUAGAAGAUGAACUUCCUGUUAAAAAAAAACUUCCUCAUUUGUUGGUUCUCUGAGCUCUGAGCUGUAAUAGUACCCCUAUAUUAUAACUAUUUUUCAGAUUAUCUUUAAGUUAUGAAAUUAUCAUUUGCCUAAAUAUUCUCAUCUCCCUUUGUAAGCUACUUGAGGACAGCACGCAGCAUCCUUCAGAGGGACAUCACACAGAAGGGAUAUGAAAAGAAAAGGUCAAAACUCCUGUCUCCCUACAUCCCGCAGACACAAGAAACUGAUUCAGCAGUACAGAAGGAACUUAGAAACCAGACACCUGCUCCAUCUGCAGCUCAAACUUCCGCUCCGUCUAAGUACCACCGAAGUCGAUCUGGGGGAGCCAGGGAUGAGCGAUAUCGAUCAGAUAUCCAUACGGAAGCAGUUCAAGCCGCACUGGCAAAGCAUAAAGAACAGAAAAUGGCUUUGCCCAUGCCAACCAAAAGGCGGUCCACAUUUGUCCAGUCUCCUGCGGAUGCCUGCACACCUCCCGACACAUCUUCAGCCUCCGAGGAUGAGGGCUCUCUGAGACGCCAAGCUGCGCUCUCUGCUGCCUUGCAACAGAGCUUACAGAAUGCUGAGUCCUGGAUCAACCGUUCAAUUCAGGGAUCGUCCACUUCUUCAUCUGCAUCUUCCACGCUGUCCCAUGGAGAGGUCAAAGGAACCACUGGGUCUCUAGCUGAUGUAUUUGCCAAUACUCGAAUAGAGAAUUUCUCUGCUCCCCCUGACGUCACUACAACUACCUCUUCUUCAUCAUCAUCUUCCUCAAUACGCCCAGCAAAUAUUGAUCUGCCCCCCUCGGGAAUAGUUAAAGGCAUGCACAAAGGAUCCAACAGGUCCAGCCUUAUGGAUACAGCUGAUGGUGUUCCUGUCAGUAGCAGAGUAUCCACAAAAAUCCAGCAGCUUCUCAACACUCUGAAACGUCCCAAAAGGCCUCCCUUAAAAGAAUUUUUUGUGGAUGACUCUGAAGAAAUUGUGGAAGGUAUACCUCAACCAGACCCCAACCAGCCCAAGCCUGAGGGACGGCAGAUGACCCCUGUGAAGGGAGAGCCCUUGGGAGUCAUCUGUAACUGGCCACCUGCUCUUGAGUCUGCCCUGCAGCGCUGGGGCACCACUCAAGCCAAAUGCCCCUGUCUGACUGCACUGGACAUGACAGGGAAACCAGUUUACACUCUUACAUAUGGAAAGUUGUGGAGCAGAAGUUUAAAGCUGGCCUACACACUGCUUAAUAAACUGGGGACCAAAAAUGAACCUGUAUUAAAACCUGGAGACAGGGUAGCCCUGGUUUACCCCAACAAUGAUCCAGUCAUGUUUAUGGUGGCUUUUUAUGGAUGUCUCCUGGCAGAAGUGAUUCCAGUGCCUAUAGAGGUACCUCUUACCAGAAAGGAUGCUGGAGGGCAGCAGAUUGGCUUCUUGCUAGGAAGCUGUGGUAUUGCCUUAGCCCUUACCAGUGAAGUUUGUCUAAAGGGACUGCCAAAAACCCAGAAUGGAGAAAUUGUACAGUUUAAAGGUUGGCCCCGGCUCAAAUGGGUUGUAACAGAUUCCAAGUACCUUUCAAAGCCACCUAAGGACUGGCAGCCCCACAUCUCACCUGCUGGUACAGAACCAGCAUACAUUGAGUAUAAAACAAGCAAAGAAGGGAGUGUGAUGGGAGUUACAGUGUCCCGCCUUGCAAUGUUGUCUCACUGCCAAGCCCUGUCCCAGGCCUGCAAUUAUUCUGAAGGGGAGACAGUAGUAAAUGUUUUAGACUUUAAGAAGGAUGCCGGGCUGUGGCAUGGCAUGUUUGCGAAUGUGAUGAGUAAGAUGCAUACAAUUAGCGUACCCUACUCUGUUAUGAAGACUUGCCCUCUCUCUUGGGUCCAAAGAGUACAUGCCCACAAAGCCAAGGUAGCUUUAGUGAAAUGUCGAGACUUGCACUGGGCUAUGAUGGCCCAUCGGGACCAAAGAGACGUGAGCUUGAGUUCCCUCCGGAUGUUAAUUGUAACUGAUGGAGCUAAUCCCUGGUCUGUGUCAUCCUGCGAUGCCUUCCUGAGUCUGUUCCAAAGUCAUGGGCUGAAGCCUGAGGCCAUCUGUCCAUGUGCUACUUCUGCUGAAGCCAUGACUGUUGCAAUCCGAAGGCCUGGAGUUCCAGGGGCCCCUUUGCCGGGAAGAGCCAUUCUCUCAAUGAAUGGAUUGAGCUAUGGGGUCAUACGGGUCAAUACUGAAGAUAAAAAUUCAGCACUGACGGUCCAGGAUGUGGGACAUGUAAUGCCCGGUGGGAUGAUGUGCAUUGUGAGACCCGAUGGACCUCCCCAACUCUGCAGAACAGAUGAGAUUGGAGAAAUCUGCGUCAGCUCCAGAACAGGAGGCAUGAUGUACUUUGGGCUUGCUGGUGUGACCAAAAAUACAUUUGAGGUGAUUCCAGUGAAUUCUGCAGGCUCUCCUGUCGGGGACGUGCCGUUCAUCCGGUCAGGAUUGCUGGGAUUUGUAGGGCCGGGCAGCUUGGUGUUUGUAGUUGGAAAAAUGGAUGGGUUACUGAUGGUUAGUGGUCGAAGACAUAAUGCCGAUGACAUUGUUGCUACUGGAUUGGCUGUUGAAUCAAUAAAGACUGUUUAUAGAGGAAGAAUUGCUGUGUUUUCUGUGUCUGUAUUUUAUGACGAGCGCAUUGUGGUGGUUGCGGAACAAAGACCUGACGCUUCUGAGGAAGAUAGUUUCCAGUGGAUGAGCCGUGUGCUGCAGGCAAUCGAUAGCAUUCAUCAAGUAGGGGUUUAUUGCCUUGCUCUGGUGCCUGCCAAUACAUUGCCAAAAACUCCACUAGGAGGGAUCCAUAUAUCUCAGACGAAGCAGCUCUUUCUGGAGGGAUCUCUACAUCCUUGCAAUAUCCUCAUGUGCCCACAUACGUGCGUGACUAAUUUGCCAAAACCCCGGCAAAAGCAACCAGGUGUAGGCCCUGCUUCUGUGAUGGUUGGGAAUCUGGUUGCUGGGAAACGCAUAGCACAAGCUGCAGGAAGGGAUCUCGGGCAAAUUGAAGAGAAUGAUUUAGUCAGGAAGCACCAGUUUCUGGCGGAGAUUUUGCAGUGGCGAGCCCAGGCAACUCCUGACCAUGUACUCUUCAUGCUGUUAAAUGCCAAGGGCACCACUGUGUGCACAGCCAGCUGCCUGCAGCUUCACAAGCGAGCAGAGAGGAUUGCGUCUGUUCUUGGUGAUAAGGGACACCUAAACGCAGGAGACAACGUGGUGUUGCUCUAUCCGCCUGGCAUCGAGUUAAUCGCGGCAUUCUACGGCUGUCUGUAUGCGGGCUGCAUACCUGUGACCGUCCGGCCUCCUCAUGCCCAGAACCUUACUGCCACACUGCCCACUGUCCGCAUGAUUGUGGAUGUCAGCAAAGCAGCCUGCAUUCUCACCACGCAGACCCUAAUGAGGUUACUGAGAUCCCGAGAGGCGGCGGCAGCUGUGGAUGUGAAAACCUGGCCAACCGUCAUUGACACAGAUGAUUUACCCAGGAAAAGGUUACCUCAGCUGUAUAAACCACCUACUCCUGAGAUGUUGGCUUAUCUUGAUUUCAGUGUCUCCACAACUGGCAUGCUUACAGGAGUGAAGAUGUCCCACUCCGCGGUCAAUGCUCUUUGUAGAGCCAUCAAGCUCCAGUGUGAGUUAUAUUCUUCUCGGCAGAUCGCCAUCUGCCUUGACCCUUACUGUGGACUUGGCUUCGCACUCUGGUGUCUCUGCAGUGUCUAUUCAGGUCACCAGUCCAUCUUAAUUCCUCCUAUGGAGUUAGAAAACAACCUUUUCCUCUGGCUCUCCACCGUCAACCAGUACAAAAUAAGGGAUACUUUCUGCUCCUAUUCAGUGAUGGAGCUCUGCACCAAAGGGCUUGGAAACCAAGUGGAGGUGCUGAAGACCAGGGGAAUCAACCUCUCUUGCAUCCGGACAUGUGUGGUGGUGGCUGAGGAGCGGCCCCGUAUCGCCCUCCAACAGUCCUUCUCCAAGCUCUUUAAAGACAUCGGUCUGUCCCCUCGGGCUGUCAGCACCACUUUUGGAUCAAGAGUCAAUGUAGCGAUAUGUUUACAGGGAACCUCAGGGCCUGAUCCAACUACUGUGUAUGUAGAUCUGAAAUCAUUAAGACAUGACAGGGUUCGUCUUGUGGAACGGGGUGCCCCCCAGAGUUUGCUCCUCUCAGAGUCUGGAAAGAUUUUACCUGGAGUGAAAGUGGUUAUUGUUAAUCCCGAGACCAAAGGGCCUGUUGGAGACUCUCACCUUGGAGAGAUUUGGGUGAACAGUCCCCAUACGGCCAGUGGCUAUUACACCAUCUACGACAGUGAGACUCUUCAAGCUGAUCAUUUCAACACUCGCCUCAGCUUUGGGGAUGCUGCUCAUACGCUCUGGGCUCGGACAGGAUACCUUGGUUUUGUCCGCCGGACUGAGCUCACAGCAGCCACUGGAGAGCGUCAUGAUGCAUUAUAUGUGGUGGGAGCUCUGGAUGAAACGCUGGAACUGAGAGGACUACGAUACCACCCGAUCGAUAUUGAGACCUCAGUGUCUCGGAUCCACAGGAGCAUUGCUGAAUGCGCCGUGUUCACGUGGACCAACUUGCUUGUGGUGGUUGUGGAACUGUGUGGCUCUGAGCAGGAAGCCCUAGAUCUGGUUCCUCUAGUGACAAAUGUGGUCCUGGAAGAGCAUUACCUCAUCGUUGGUGUCGUGGUUGUGGUGGACCCAGGCGUCAUCCCCAUCAACUCCAGAGGAGAGAAGCAGAGGAUGCACCUCCGUGACAGCUUCCUAGCUGACCAGUUAGACCCCAUCUACGUGGCUUAUAACAUGUAACCAGCCUUGUGGAGAAUACAGGGGGCCACCCUGAAAAACCACAAGGACCUGAGACCCGUGACUGGGAGCAAGCUUUCAAAUGAUGUGAAAUACGCUGCGAUGGCUACAUUAUAUCCUUCAUCUCACCUGUGGGAUUCUGCAAUCACAGGACACACAGGAAAGGGGAAUUCUGUGGUGGCAAAUGAAAAAAAUGGUAACAGUCUGUUAGUCAUGAGCUUUGACAUAGCGUGAGCAGCACGUUACUAAAGCAAUUACAUGCAUGUUGCAUUUUUUUCA